AGUGGCCCCCUUCUCCUUGGAAUCAGUGUCUCCACCCCUACCCCGCCCCAGUCUGGGUUCAAUCACCAAAUGGAACAAAAGCAAGAAUAUUAAUAAGAUCAACGACAGUGGAUCCAUCCACCUACUAAAGGGCAUCUUGCCUGCUUCCAAGUUCCAGCAAUUAUGAAUAAAGUUUCGAUAAACAUCUGCUUGCAGGCUUUUACAUGGACAUCAGUUUUCAGCUCAUUUGGCAGUGCGUGCGAGUUCCUGUUGCUCCACGUCUUCCCCAGCAUUUGGUGCUGUCGGUGUUUUGGAUCUUAGCAAUUCUAUGAGGUCUGGCCUCGCCCCACGGACCAUGGCCUUGCCCCCAUGAGCUAGAGCCUGUUCCGCGGCACGCACCCACCGCUAGCCAGCAGGAUGCAGCUGUGGAAGGCGGUGGUGGUGACCCUGGCCUUCAUGAGCAUGGACGUCGGCAUGACCACGGCCAUCUACAUCCUCAGCCACCUGGACCGCAGCCUGCUGGAGGACAUCCGCCAUUUCAACAUCUUUGACUCGGUGCUGGACCUCUGGGCAGCCUGCCUCUACCGCAGCUGCCUGCUGCUGGGAGCCACCAUCGGGGUGGCCAAGAACAGCGCCUUGGGGCCGCGGCGGCUUCGAGCCUCCUGGACGGUCAUCGCCCUUGUGUGCCUCUUCGUGGGCAUCUACACCAUGGUGAAGCUGCUGCUCUUCUCUGAGGUCCGGAAGCCAGUCCGGGACCCGUGGUUCUGGGCCCUCUUCGUGUGGACUUAUAUCUCACUCGCUGCUUCCUUCGUGCUCUGGUGGCUGUUGUCCACGGUGCGGCCGGACGCCAAAGCCCUGGAGCCGGGGGCUGAGGCCGAGGCCGAGGGCUUCCCGAGGGAGCCCCGACCCCCUCGUGAGCAGGCAUCGGGGGCCACGCUGCAAAAGCUGCUGUCCUACACCAAGCCUGACGUGGCCUUCCUUGUGGCGGCCUCCUUCUUCCUCAUUGUGGCAGCUCUGGGAGAGACCUUCCUUCCCUACUACACUGGCCGGGCCAUUGAUGGCAUCGUCAUCCAGAAGAGCAUGGAGCAGUUCAGCACGGCGGUCAUUGUCAUGUGCCUGCUGGCCAUCGGCAGCUCAUUUGCCGCAGGUGUUCGGGGCGGCAUUUUUACCCUCAUAUUUGCCAGACUGAACAUUCGCCUUCGGAACCGUCUCUUCCGCUCACUGGUGUCCCAGGAGAUGAGCUUCUUUGACGAGAAUCGCACAGGGGACCUCAUCUCCCGCCUCACCUCGGACACCACCAUGGUCAGCGACUUGGUCUCCCAGAAUAUCAACAUCUUCCUGCGGAACACGGUCAAGGUCACGGGCGUGGUGGUCUUCAUGUUCAGCCUCUCGUGGCAGCUGUCAUUGGUCACCUUCAUGGGCUUCCCCAUCAUCAUGAUGGUGUCUGACAUCUACGGCAAGUACUACAAGAGGCUCUCCAAAGAGGUCCAGAAUGCCCUGGCAAGGGCCAGCAGCACAGCCGAGGAGACCAUUAGUGCCAUGAAGACCGUGCGGAGCUUUGCCAACGAGGAGGAAGAAGCAGAGGUGUAUUCCCGGAAGCUCCAGCAGGUGUACAAGCUAAACAGGAAGGAGGCCGCAGCCUACACCUACUACGUCUGGGGCAGUGGGCUCACGCUGCUGGUCGUCCAGGUCAGUAUCCUCUACUACGGGGGCCACCUCGUCAUCUCAGGGCAGAUGACCAGCGGCAACCUCAUCUCCUUCAUUAUCUACGAGUUUGUCCUGGGAGACUGUAUGGAGUCCGUGGGCUCCGUCUAUAGUGGCCUGAUGCAGGGAGUGGGGGCCGCUGAGAAGGUGUUCGAGUUCAUUGACCGGCAGCCAACCAUGGUGCAUGAUGGGAACUUGGCCCCUGACCGCCUGGAGGGCCGGGUGGACUUUGAGAACGUGACUUUCACCUACCGCACUCGGCCCCACACCCAAGUUCUGCAGAAUGUCUCCUUCAGCCUGUCCCCAGGAAAGGUGACCGCACUCGUGGGGCCCUCGGGCAGUGGGAAGAGUUCCUGCGUCAACAUCCUAGAGAACUUCUACCCGCUGGAGGGGGGCUGCGUGCUGCUGGACGGAAAGCCCAUCAGCGCCUAUGACCACAAGUACCUGCACCGCGUGAUCUCCCUCGUGAGCCAGGAGCCGGUGCUGUUCGCCCGCUCCAUCACAGACAACAUCUCCUACGGCCUGCCCACCGUGCCCUUCGAGAUGGUAGUGGAGGCCGCACAGAAGGCAAAUGCCCACGGCUUCAUCAUGGAGCUCCAGGAUGGCUACAACACAGAGACUGGGGAGAAGGGCGCCCAGCUGUCUGGUGGCCAGAAGCAGCGGGUGGCCAUGGCUCGGGCUCUGGUGCGGAACCCACCUGUCCUCAUCUUGGACGAAGCCACCAGCGCUCUGGAUGCGGAGAGCGAGUACCUGAUCCAGCAGGCCAUCCACGGCAACCUGCAGAAGCACACCGUGCUCAUCAUCGCGCACCGCCUGAGCACGGUGGAGCGCGCGCACCUCAUCGUGGUGCUGGACAAGGGCCGCGUGGUGCAGCAGGGCACGCACCAGCAGCUGCUGGCCCAGGGCGGCCUUUACGCCAAGCUGGUGCAGCGGCAGAUGCUGGGGCUCGAGCCCGCCGCGGACUACUCAGCUGGCCACAAGGAGCCGCAGGGCGGCAGCGGCCACAAGGCCUGA